UUCUUUAAUUAAUUACUCAGCUUCUAUUUUGUGAUGUUGUUUGGUAGGGUGGGGGCUUACAUGUGGAAAACUCGAUUUGUGCAUGUUAUGUCACUUUCACAUCGUCCAAACUUUUGUCUAGUACUCCAUCCCCACCACACCCCACAACCGAAGUUCCAUCUUACACUGGAUAUGUGUACUUGAGUCUCUUUGUUCUUACUCUCACUUUCUCUCGUGUGGGUUGGAUUUAUAUAUUAAUGCACUCUUUAAAACUUAAGUACUAUAGUUCUUGAAACAUAAAUAUACAAGAACUGAAGCCACUUAUUCUCCUUGAUGAAGUUCACAAGAAUCCAUCAACAUCCAUCUCCAAUCUACCAAGAUCAUGCAUGAAACCGUGAGUUUGGUGUAUCUUUGCCUCUGCCAAAGGGUUUCCUGUCCUAUUAUCUCUUAUCACUUUGUGAUGUCUAUCAACAUACCACUAAAACAAGCUAGAAAAGAUGAGCAUCAAACUUCCGGUGGUGGCCGGAAAACAUCAUCCCAGAGGCCACCGGAGCAAACCCUAAGGUGUCCAAGAUGUGAUUCCACCAACACAAAGUUUUGCUACUACAAUAACUACAACCUAACUCAACCAAGAUACUUUUGCAAGACUUGUAGAAGGUAUUGGACCAAAGGUGGAGCCUUGCGAAACAUUCCGAUUGGUGGCGGUUGUCGGAAGAACAAGAAAACGAAAUCUUGUCACUCAAAGUUUGUCAUAGGUGAUUCAUCAUUGGAUGUUGUUUCACCACCAGUGAUGGAUUUUCAGCUUGGUGGGAUAAACUACCCACAUAGGGUUAACCACUUUUCAUCUUCUUUUGGGGAGAAUACACCAAAUAAUGUUGCUUUUAUGAAUCUUGAUCCAUUAGGGUUUAGUCAUGUCAAUCAAACAGGAGAUGUGUCAGCAAAUGUUCAAGAAACUGGUAAUUUUACAUACACAAAUGUUCAUCACAACACUAGUCUCACUUCAAUAGAGGCUUUGAGUUCUUUAAACCAAGAUUUGCACUGGAAGCUGCAGCAGCAGCGAUUGGCGAUGCUCUUCGGUGGUGGUAACGGUGGCGGGGCGUUACUAGAGAAAACAGGAGAAAAUAACCAUCAGCGGCCACAUCAAAAAGAAUCCGGCUUACAACCUAUUUUAUUUCAAAAUCUAGACACUUCAAGAAAGGAAGUUAGCAGCAGUGGCGAUGGCGGUGUUGGUGGUUUGGCGACGGAAUGGUUCUUCGACAACCAUUACGCACCACCAGUGAACAUGAAUCCAGCCUCCACGGGGAACGAUGAUCAAAACUGGAAUGGGAUUCAAGCAUGGAAUAACAUAAAUCAUUACAAUCCACUUCCAUAGCUUUCUAAUAAUGAUAGUUAUUAAAUGUGACACAUUGUUCUAAUCUAUAUGUUCUUAUGCUAAGGAUUGACGUUGUAUUUCCAUUUC